AUGAUUUAUAUCAAGUCGUUGACUCUCUUCGUACUCGUAUUGGUUGCAGUCACAGCCAUUAGCUGGGCUCAAGUGCCACAAGGGGGUCCUCACUCUCCUCAAUGGCGUCCACGUCUAAGUCAACAAGUACCACAGGAUGCUAGUGAAAUCUCGUACAAUGAAUUGACGGAAACAGAUGCCAAAACACGGAACUGGACUUCUUGUGACCCCCUAGGCCCAAAACUGUCCUGCUAUGAUUGCAACACACGGCUUGUUUUCCUGAUUGUGUUCUUACCAACA